AUGCUGAAAUUGAAACACUACAUUUGUUCAAGGCCAUUUAAGAGACUUUCUGUAUUUUACAAUUUAUAUCCAAGUCAAAUUAACACUGUUAAUUUGGUGGAGCCCUACAAUGCCACCCUCUCUGUUCACCAGCUCAUAGAAAAUGCAGACGAGACGUUCUGCAUUGAUAACGAAGCACUCUAUAACAUCUGUUCCAGGACCUUAAAACUGACCACACCCACCUAUGGUGACCUGAAUCACCUGGUGUCUGCUACCAUGAGUGGGGCCACCACGUGCCUGUGCUUCCUGGGCCAGCUGAAUGCCGACCUGCGGAAGCUGGCCGUGAACGUGGUUCCAUUUCCCCGGCUGCACUUCUUCAUGCCCGGCUUUGCCCCGUUGACCCGCCGGGGCAACCAGCUGUACCGGACCCUGACCGUGGCUGAGCUCACUCAGCAACUCUUCGAUGCUAAGAAUAUCAUGGCCGCCUGUGACCCCCGUCAUGGCCGCUACCUAACUGUGGCUGCCAUUUUUAGAGGUCGCAUGUCCAUGAGGGAGGUGGAUGAGCAAAUGCUCAACAUGCAGAAUAAGAACAGCAGCUACUUUGCUGAAUGGCUCCCUCACAACGUGAAAACAGCCGUCUAUAACAUCCCACCCCGGGGACUAAAAAUGUCGGCCACCUUCAUUGGUAACAACGCAGUGAUCCAAGAGCUCUUCAAACGCAUCUCCCAACAGUUUACAGCUAUGUUCAGGCGCGAGGCCUUCCUGCACUGGUACACGGGCGAGGGCAUGGAUGAGAUGGAGUUCACCGAGGCCGAGAGGAACCUUAACGACCUGGUGUCAGAAUACCAGCAAUACCAAGAUGCCACAGCUGAGGAGGAGGAGUUUGAGGAGUGUGCUGAGGAGGAGGAGGAGGUAGCCUAGAAAAU